GAACUUUCGAAUAUCGAAAAUAGAAAAGAAAUUUCUUAAUUUUCUGUAAAACAAGUUCUCAUAGUUAUUUCUAGUUAUUUUCUAAAUAAAAUUAACAAUGCCGGAAGAAUAUAAAUCUUCAUGGGCUGAUGAGGUCGAAUUGGAUUCAGGCACUUUGCCUCCUCCAACCGAAAUGGUUGAUUCACAGGGUCAGAAAGUCAUCACUGAAUACAAAUUCAACAAGGAUGACAAGAAAACUAAAGUGGUGAGGACGUAUAAAGUCACUAAACAUGUAGUUCCAAAAAGCAUUGCUCGUCGUAAAAAGCUUCCUAAGUUCGGUGACUCAGCAAAGGAUGUUGAUGGUCCUAAUGCACACACAACAUUCGUGUCGGAAGACAUCAACAUGCAAUUAAUUACGAACAAAGAAGAAGAAAAAACGAAUGAUUCCGUUUUGGAUCCCAAGAAUCAAUUCGCCAAAUGUCGUUUCUGUAAUGGAGGACAUUUCACUACAAACUGUCCGUAUAAGCAUACAGCGUCAUAUAUUGAGAAAAUCCUUGACACGAAGCCAACAACUUCAGCAACAGCAACUGAAUCGUCUUCCUCUAAACCUGGAAAAUAUGUUCCACCAUUCAUCAAGGAUCAUCAAAAGAAUGCUGGAGGAAAAGCUCGUGACGAAUCAACUGCAAUCCGUAUUUCCAAUCUUUCCGAAUCCACUUCAGAUGCUGAUCUGGAAGAUCUUACAAGUAAAUUCGGCAAGAAAUCUAAAAUGUAUUUGGCUAAGGACAAGAACACUGGCUUAUGUAAAGGAUUCGCAUACGUUCAUUUCUACAGUAAAGAAGAUGCUGCUACUGCUAUUGAUACCCUUGAUGGAUUCGAUUAUAAUCAUUUGAUUUUGAAAGCUGAAUGGCUACAAACUCUUAAUAUAAAAAAGCCAUUAAUAUGUAUUUAUGAGCUUAUGUAUUUAACAAUGUCCAAGAAUCAAUUCCCCAAAUGUCGUUUCUGUAAUGGAGGACAUUUCACUACAAACUGUCCGUUAUAUAAGCAUACAACGUCACAUAUUGAGAAAAUCCUUGACACGAAGCCAACAACUUCAGCAACAGCAACUGAAUCGUCUUCCUCUAAACCUGGAAAAUAUGUUCCACCAUUCAUCAAGAAUCAUCAAAAGAAUGCUGGAGGAAAAGCUCGUGACGAAUCAACUGCAAUCCGUAUUUCCAAUCUUUCCGAAUCCACUUCAGAUGCUGAUCUGGAAGAUCUUACAAGUAAAUUCGGCAAGAAAUCUAAAAUGUAUUUGGCUAAGGACAAGAACACUGGCUUAUGUAAAGGAUUCGCAUACGUUCAUUUCUACAGUAAAGAAGAUGCUGCUACUGCUAUUGAUACCCUUGAUGGAUUCGAUUAUAAUCAUUUGAUUUUGAAAGCUGAAUGGUCAAAACCUGCUCCUUAA